GAGCAGGGCCCCGGCCCCCCCCAGCGGCCAAUGGGAGCGGGGGGAGCCCCGGCCGCCGCCAAUCGCCGCCCGCUGGACAGUUCCCCGGUCCUGACCGACCUUCGCUGCGGCGCGGGGAAUAAAAGGGCCCGGCCGCGGCCGCCGGGGUUUGGCUGCCGCCGCGGCGCCGGCUCUGCCCCUCCCCGCCCCCUCGCGCACCGCCGGCUCCGGCCGGGACCAGGCGAGAUCGCUGCUGCUGCUGCUGCCGCCGCCGCCGCUGGGACCGGGGCUGAGGCUGGGGAGAGGCGGGGGCGCCGCCGCGGAGCGGAGUGGAGCAGCCGAGCGCCGCCCGGGGACAGCGCGAGAAAGCGUUUCCGCAGGUCGGGGCGAAUGCGGGCUCCUGCCAAGGUGGCGAGACCACCCCGCUGAGGCGCUGGCUCCGCCAUGCCCUGGAAUGUCAAAUGGCUGAAUGGCUACAGCAGCCGCCAGGCCCAGUCCCAGUCCCAGAAGCAAUGCAAGAAAUCUUCCUUUGCCUUCUACCAGGCAGUGAGGGACCUGCUGCCAGUGUGGCUCCUGGAGGACAUGAGGACAAUGGAGGCCUUCCAUUGGGAAGGUGGCAAGGUGAGCACCUACUCUCCCUCCGAGGCCCUCCUCUAUGCACUGGUACAUAACCACCAGCCCUAUGCCCAGUACCUGCUGAACAAGUUUCCCCAGAGCGCUCUGGCCAUCCCCAGCCCCAGCUUCAGCUGCUGUCAGUCACUGGCUCCUCACCUGGCCAUGGCAGUUCGUUAUAACCGCAUCCACAUCCUGCUCAGGAUCCUCAAAGCCAUCAGAGACUUCCCAGAAAGCGACCGAAUUAGCUACCUGGACUGCAGUGGAUGCAGCCGUGUGGAGGGUGGUAAAACUGCCUUGCAUGUGGCCUGUGAACUGGUGAGACCUGAGUGUUUAAUCCUGUUGCUGGGACACGGUGCUUCGCCUUGCUUACAUGACAGCUCUGGGAACACCCCUUUGGACAUCUUGCUCCAGCAGAUUUCCCAGACCCCAGCAGUAAACCUGCGCACCAAGCUGCUCUCACUGGACUCCCUUUUCCUCUUCAUGCCUCAGGAGCUCCAGUUUCCAAUGAAACAACAAUUGCUGGACAAUCAGCAGCCUUGGCAAGAACUCUUGGGAGAGAACAGAUAUCAGUGGCUGGCAGGCUUAUCCCCCCCCUCUCUGUUCAUUAGUGCUAUGCGCAUCUUAAUCGGGACCAUAUCACCCGAACAAUUCCCAGAGGCACUGGAGGAUCUGCCCUUGCCAAACUUCCUGAAGCCACUGGACUUGAAGCUGAAGAGUUAGGGGGUUGUCCAAGCAAUUCCUGCUUGUGUAAUGCAAACAGGCCAUCAUAUACUGAACGUGUAUCAGUAUAAAGAGCUGUUAACGCAGCACAGGAGGGAGUUGGGCAAAACACUGGUUUUAAUUAGAACAUAUUUUUAAAAGGAUUAUAUCUGGCACUUUACAUAUAUUUUAUUUAUAGUUCAUUGUGGUGAGGUGUUUCCACACCAUAUUUUAUAAGAAGUAUUAUACAGCAUGCAUAUCCUAGGAUUUAUGGGUGAAUAUAUUUGUAAAUACACCUAAAUAAACAAGUAGCAGAUAUGAUCAAAAUGGAAAUACAAACAUCUGAAAUUUCUAAAUGAUCUAUUUAUUUGAGAGCUAUAGACCGCAAGAGAACUACCCUUUCCUUGUGCCUUGCUUUUCAUUUAAAUGGGGUGCAGGUUGAACAAGACACUUUAUUUUUGCAGCUGUCCUCUUAGGCAGUGGCAGGGAUGUGAUGCAUAUUUUCAAAGGUACAAGUGAGAACUUCUCAAUCCUGUACAAAACUCAAAUGGAAUCAUGCUGUUAUUAAAAUAAUCCUCCUAAAAAAGGCUGACAGGGAGAUGCAGGUGAGCAAAAGCAGCAAUAGAUUUGGAAAUCUAUCCGUUUCCUUCGUCUGCUGCUUUUGCUCUUCAGUGAGAUCUGAGGAGGGUGGCCUAGGUGUUUUAUCCUCCUUUUCAAAGUGGAGGGAAUAGAAGUAGAAGAAAAGAUGUUCCCUUUAGCCAAGAUUCAGGGAGAGGGAGGAAGGAGCUGACCUAACAGCUUCAUCCUUCCAAACCUUGUAGAAGCUCCUUUAAAUAAUUGCCAAGCACUUGAAGUGCUGUCAUUUUAGGAGUGGCUAGGCAAAAAUGGAGCAGAGCCCAGGGAAAGAUAAUUCUCCUUGCUCUCAACCUCCUGAUAAACUAACAGGGAUUUUCUUAGGUAAGCCAAUGUCGGCUUUCUGACAGAACUGGAACCCACCUACCCACAUGAGAGUCUCAGGCCCAAGAACAUGUCUUAGAAGCUCUGGGCCUCCACCUGUGGAUUCCCCAAGAUCCAUGGAAUAUCCCCAUGGAUUCUACACACAUCUUGGCUCAUUCUUUGUAGUGAUCCUGUCUACUCUGCAAGGCAUAGACCUUACCCUGUUUUGCCAGUGAUGCAAAUCAUUGCCAUCUAGGCCCUGGUUUUCCACCUGGCUUUGUCUUCACAGUCAGAGGACAGCAGAUGAGCUGUCGAUUCUUGCUCUGACACCUAAGGGUGCCUAUACACGUGCUCAGAUGCAUUCUAAUUAGAACUCUCUAGAAUCACUGCAGCAUCACGUGUAUAAGACCCCACAGGUUUAAAAAUAGCCACUGGGGUACUUUAACCAAAGCUCAUUGAAUGAGCUUCAGUUGAAGCAUCCUGCAGCCCUUUUUAAUUGUGUGGGGGCUUAAUACACAUGAUGUUGUGGCAUUUUAAUUAGAGUGACUCUCUGAGAAUCGCUCUAAUUAAAAUGCGCCCCUGCCCCAUCUCCAAGCAUGUGUAUAGGCAGCCUAUAAUUCUUGCCAUGGAGUUGAUUUCAGCUUCCUUGCACCCUCCCAGGUCAGUGAGUGCAAGGAAAAAUCCAUGCUUAACACACAUCUCUUUAUCAUUAACAAACUUUGGUAGAGAAACGGAAAAGCACAGAGCAAGGGGAUGUAAUUUUUUCAUGCUUCAGCUGAAUAGAUUCUGUGGAGUUCCCACAGUGCAGAAUUCCAUUUAAAAAACAAUACAACUCCACUGCAUACAUGAUAAAUAUAGGAUAUUAUAAAAGGCUGUUACAUUUCAGAAGUCUUAGAUGCAACAGAGAGAAAAAUAUCUAUUCUUAGACUGAGGUCACCGAAAAUGCCUUCCAGAAAACAAAACAAAAGGGUAAUUGCUCAAGCUAAUUAACAUUUGCUUUUUCCUUAGUUCCCUCAUUAAUAACAGCAUGUAGUCCCUGUAAUAAAAUCCAGUGAACUACCCAAAAUCAAUGCUAUUGCCCCUACCAGCAGCAUAAAAAUCUACACUACUGGACUCCUCCCCUAAAUAUUCAUCUUUCCUACUAUUUUGGGAACAAUGACAUGCAAAGGUAAUUAGACUAGAAGGUAAAGCAUUUAGUUUUAACCAACAUAGAUCCUUUCUUCUUCUUUAAUACACUGAAGAGUACCCACCUACAUAACUCUGGGCCAAAGGGCAAGACCACAUGGGUGGGGACAACGCCUAGUGCUUUGAAAAGUUGUUCAGAAAUAAAAAAAAUAAGGGAAAAAAUAGCAAUGUUUUUGGUGAUGAGCUAUAAGAAGAAUGUGAGUAGUUUAUGAUAUCAACAUAUUUAUGACACCCUCAUCUUGGAGGUUUAUUGAACAUUCAUGUUUUAAAUAACCAGGCUGUCACUUUCCAAAGCCAUUACAUACUGAGGUAUUUUCAUGAAACUUUUACUUGUUUCCCUCAGUUCACAGAGAUCCAUCAAAACCAGCCCUUUCCUCUGUGAUUAUUUUUAAAAAUGUAACCUGUUGGGGGAAAAAAAAAAUUAUACCAUCUUUCAUGAAAAAUACUAGCAGUGAAGGGUAAAGCAUGGGACACAUUAGAAGAAGACAGAAAACAGGGGAAAUAAGAAACCACUCUCUCAGUAAAACACAGAUUCAGUAAUUCAUCAACAUGAACAAGGACAUGCUGUCCCAGGGGAUAAGCACUCACUGUCAGGAGGAGAGAACAGUGAUUUAGACCAUCCGCAGCUUCCAUAAUGAUUUCAAAUGAGUCAAAAGACCAAAAGAUUUACCUGACCAGUUCUACAUGGCUCUGUGCUGUAUGAACAGGGAAAGAGGACAUGGCCUAGUUUCACUGAUAUUAAUGGGGUUUUCUCUGAUGGCCUGCCCAGGAGCUGUCUGGCUCCUGACCAUAAAUGGAAAAGGCAUUCCUCUUGAAGCUGAUCAGUAUCACAAAAUUCCCCCAAAUCCUAGCAGAACAGUUAUUCAAGGGUGCCCUUUCCAGGCUGCUUGAGAAAUGUGGAUAGCUAGAAUCCGUAUAAAAUUUCCAUUAGCAUCCAUGCAAAGGCUACCAUUGGAUCUUUCUGUGAGAGUUGGACCUGAGCCUAAGCUGAAGCAAAUGCAAAUGCGUAAGAUAUCCUUAGAUGUAGGCCAGCAGAAGGAAAUUAUUCAAGAUUCAUUAGACUGUAGGCUGAGAGAGGCAGUUCUUGUAUCUGUUCCCAUAAUCAGGCUGGAAUCAAGUAGAGAAGCAGGAAAGCACGGAUAAACUUAAGAAGCCUCUGUCUUCCUUGGUAGAACUGCUACAGAAACAGCAUCUAGUAUGUGUGUCUGCACUUCAGGAGAGAUGUAGAAAUACUACAGAGUUUAAUCAUUGAGAAGGGAUUUGAUAGCUACAAGUAAGUACUUGUGCAUGGAAAAGAUACCUGAGAGUAGAGGGGCUUUUUCAAGUCUGACAUGGCAAGAUGCAGUGAUUGGAGGCUGAAGUUAGACAAAUUCAGCCUUGAAAUAAGACGAUUUCCUAGCUGUGAGUGUAACAAAACAUUAGAGCAACUUACAGGGGAGAAGGUGAACUAACUAUCACUUUUGUUAUAAAACUCUCAUCGUGCAGGUGUGUACAGACGUUAAAAUGAGGGCAGUGCUGCCUCAUUCUCCAUGGAUGACCCUCUUGCUGGCUCUUGGAUAAUUAAUUUUGGUAUAAAUAAAGACUCCCAUCAAUACAUUGUUAUUGGCAUGAACUCAGGUUCAUUGCUGCGCCAUUUCUGUUUUCAUAGGAACAAAGUCAGGCCUAGUCUGCCUCUUUGGCUCAAUCUGCUUGAGGUCACUGACAGCUCACAGAACAUGCAGGCAGUUAACAAGACUCCAGUGCCAAAUGCAGAGAGGAAAACUGUACCCUGACUACACAGACCACACACUGAUUAGCUCCCAUUUUGUUCUUUAAACUGAGUUUAGUACUUGUAAAAAUGCUGACUCUCAGCUCUGGAAACAGAAGUCCUUCAUUUAUUCACAGAAUAGAUACAGCCUAGGCAAUGGCACCACGGGUUUUCCUUGCACUGACUUGCACUCAACCUCAGCCGCAUACUGGAGGGGGCCCUUUCUAGGGAGCUGAAUGAAUGGGAGUUUUAUUUCCAUGGAUCCUCCACUCUCAUACCUUUCUGUUGAGGCUGCUGUCAAAAAUGCCAAUUAGGGCCAGUUGCAGCUGCACUGUUAGGCUUAAUAAAGCAAAAAGGGCAGUUGUGUCAAGUCUCUGUAGGACAAAGCUAGCGAUGCUAAAUUCUGAAAGGCUGUUCUCUUGCAAAGGCAGGGGAAGGCAACUGCAGAACCAAGGCCUUUAGCAUCAAGGGUUUAGGUAGGUAUAGUCUGGAUCUAAUGUACCAUCUCUAUAAGUUGAUUUCAAAAGCAUGAAGAGUAUCACACCAGAGGAAUCAAGCUGUAGCCCAGCAGUUUCUAGACUGUGGUACGCAGACAACCUGUCAGUGAUAUGCAUUAACAAGUUUAUUAUAAUUACUUUAUAUGACAAAAAUUUGCUGGAGGUACUUAAGGCUGAACUGAAAAAUUUGCUGGUGGUACUUAAGGUUGUAUCAUUUUAAAUUGGUGGUGCUCGAUCUGUCAGAGUUUGGAAACCACUGCUGUAGCCAAGGCUGCUCAAAGGUGAUCUGUUGUCAGGAAAAGCUGGGGGUAUGUAACACAUUCUAACCAGGGCUCUCCAAGCAGCUGAUGUUAAACUUGGAUUAGCAAAUCCAAAGUGAGCUACAAAAGUUUGUUUAUGGCCUUUAGAUUUUGUUUCUUUGCAACUGGGUAGCACUGUGGCGGGGUGAGGGGCGGGGGUCUGGAAUUAUUUUUGUGGGUUUUAUUUCAACUUUUCCCCAUGCCUUAAAAAUGUCACUGUCAACUCCGAUUUUCCCUGGUGUUGCCAGAGGAGCUUUGGAGCAUGUGAUCUCUUGCAUUAUGAUUGCAGAUGGGGCAUUCCAUUUUUUAGCAGAGGGGGUUUUAUCCAAAAUGUUAAUUACUUGCUCAAGUGAAAUAUAUAUUAGCAUAAAGUCAAGUGUUUUAAAUGGUUUGCCUAAAAAGUCCUUUCCCCUCUCAUCUAUCUCAGAUUUCCUUACUCUCUAGACUCACUGUACUAUCAAAAUUUGGAUUCUAUUCUGAACUUGUCCAUAAACAUCCUGUGUAGUUCUGGGCACAAUGCUUAGCCAAAUAUUUACAAAUUUGGGUACCUUGAAUUUAGUGGAAGUUGUAGGUGUUCAGCACAUUUGAAAAUCGGUUAAUUGACAAAGACAUGGAUUAGAAAGUCUAAUAUGAGUUACCAAGGCUUGAACAUGUAGUUCUAUAGGGGAUUUGUUGCAGGCAGAUAAGGGGGUCACAAAUUUUUUGCAGGAAGAGAGGAGGGGCAUUUGCUAAACAUGCUCUUCAUUAUGUGAAAUGAGGUAGGCAGAUGGGAGUUUGGUAAGGAAGGCAAAGGGAUUGGACAGGUGGGAAUCUUGGCCUAUGGGCGUGGGAUAUAGGAAGAGAUGAGGUCUUUGAUAUAAGCAUAGGCAGAAGACAGGUUGUUUUGAAGUGAAGCUUGAACUUAAUUAAAUUAGCAAUGAAAAUGAAGAAAAUGCAGUGCAGAAACUCAGGGAACGGUAUGACUAGAAAUGGGUCUGAGCUACAAUUGCAGAUCCAGAUUUGCUCCACAUUACAGUCUGAGGUUUCUAUUUGUAACAGACACGGCUAUUGACACUAGCAGAUUAUUGUGUUGCAUCACCUUUUCCUCAAAUCAACAUGCCAGACCUAGAUAAACAAGGCUCCCAAUCCAUGUGCUUAGCAUUUUAACAGCAUUUAGACUUCUGAAAUGGCAUGCAAGCUACUGUUCAUGGCACUCCUGGAAAUACUUUGUCCCCUCUGAAGAAAGGAAACUGACACAAAGCAUCAUCUUAAAUCUGUUUUGCACAAGCUAGAUACUGAUUGCUUUCUAACAGCCUGUAGCCAAGAAAGACAACUCAGCCCUCCAGGCCUAAAGCAGGACCCCAGUUCAGUUCCCCCUCAAGUCAAUGCCACCAUGAAAUGGAAGUGAUAGACAAAUGUCAGGAACUGAGAGGACUCUCCACUAUAACCAGAGACUGACCUGUGCUGAAAAAUCACAUCAGAACAUCCUAUGGAUUUUGAGAAAGUUCAAAUCUCAAUCAGACCUUCAUGUAAUAGGCCCUUCCUCCUCGAUCCAGCCUCUGCUGCAUGGAAAUACAGCCUAUGUCAACCCCUUCCCUUCAUUAAAAGCUUGGCUUGUCUCACUAACAUAUACAAGUUUCAGAAACCAAAUGUGCACACUGUGUACUGCUUGCUGUCAUGCCAAAAGGGGUUAAUUUGUUUCCUGUUCUUACUUUUGGGGGUUUUUAAAUUAUGUCUUUUCUGAUGUAAGAAGGCUACAGUAAACCAUGUUAAUUACAA